ACACAGAGGACUUUCCCCUCCUGAGACCCGCAGGACAACAUGCAGAUUAAUCAACACAGGACACCUCCACUGUAGCAGUGAUGUAACCUCUGGUUGGUCUACCAGGCUGUCACUUUCAGCUGUGAGUGAACCAAAACAAACCACCAUGAGCGCCGACACCGCCUGCAGGUCUGAGCAGGACUCAGAGAACCCCGGCGAGCUGGCCGAUCUGGUGGCGGCAAUGAACGUGGCCAGCAACCGCAUGACCCCUCCUAACGGCUACAGGUCGGGCCCCCCGAGGAGAGCUCCGCUCUCAGACAGGAAGAUGUCCCUGCAGGAGAGGGGGAGCCGCAUCGCUCGACAGCCCACCAUCGAGACCAAACGUGUGUCCAUCACAGAUGCUGAUGACUGUGUCCAGCUCAACCAGUACAGGCUGAACAAAGAGAUUGGAAAGGGUUCAUACGGAGUGGUGAGGCUAGCUUAUAACAAAGACUCUGAACAGUACUAUGCGAUGAAGGUCGUUUCAAAGAAGAAGCUGAUGAGGCAGUGUGGAUUUCUGCGCCGUCUGCCUCCUCAAGGAUCAAACGGGAAUGGAUCGCAGGAUCCGUUCCCUAAAGCCACGUUGCCUCUGGAGAAAGUGUACAAGGAGAUCGCCAUCCUGAAGAAACUGGACCAUCAUAAUGUUGUUAAACUAGUCGAGGUUCUCGACGAUCCUCAGGAAGAUGGACUUCACAUGGCCUUCGAACUGAUGACAAAGGGCCCGGUGAUGGAGGUGCCUACAAACGAGCCGUUCACAGAGAAGCAGGCUCGCUUUUACUUCAGAGACGUUGUCCUGGGAAUAGAGUACUUGCACUACCACAAGAUCAUCCACAGGGACAUUAAACCCUCCAACCUGCUGCUGGGGGACGACGGCCACGUCAAAAUCGCAGACUUCGGUGUGAGCAACGAGUUCGAGGGGACGGACGCUCUCCUGUCCAGCACGGCAGGGACGCCGGCCUUCAUGGCCCCAGAGAUGAUGACCGAGCACGAGCAGAGCUUCAGUGGAAAAGCGUUAGACGUGUGGGCGAUGGGAGUCACACUGUACUGCUUCGUCUUUGGGAAGUGUCCUUUUUAUGACGAAUACAUCGUCUCUCUGCACAACAAGAUCAAGAACAAACCUGUGGAGUUUCCAGAGACACCGCUCAUCAGUAAUGAACUGAACGAGCUCAUCCAAAGGAUGCUGGAUAAAAACCCUGAAACAAGAAUCACCAUCCCUCAAAUUAAACUCCAUCCGUGGGUGACAGAGAACGACUCCAACCCUCUUCCUCUGGAGGAGGAGCACUGCACGGCGGUGGAGGUCACUGAGGAGGAGGUGCAGAACAGCGUCAAACUCAUCACCAGCCUUUCCACGAUGAUUCUGGUGAAGUCCAUGCUGAGGAAGCGCUCUUUCAGUAAUCCCUUUGAGUGUCAGGGCAGACGGGCAGAGAGGUCCAUGUCUGCCCCUGGAGGUCUUCUUGCUGGUUCUUUUUGCUUAUUGAGGUCUUCGCUUCAGCUUCAUCCUUCCUUGAGGAAAAUCAGUAACGAGGGGAGCAGAGACGGAGAGCUGGAGGAUUUGUAUGAGGACGAAGCAUUUACAGAGAGUAACGAUUAAACCGGUGCACAGGUUUAAAAAAAAAAAAAGAAGAGCGCGUACAGAAAGUGAUUUGUUUUCUGUUUUAUGUCUUUAAUUCUCGACUAAAUUUGCUCGCUGUGCUUUUCUCACUUUAGUGCAUAACACUGUGAUGAAUCUGUUAUUGAUUGAAGACUUUAAACGUGGUUACAGCAUGAAAUACUUCAAGUCAGAUUAGAUUAUAUUCUGUCGCUCUGCUUGUUUAAAUUACAGUUAUUGGUGAUCUAAUGUGAUUUAUUGACUUUGGAUUGUUGUUAAAAAUA